CCGGUCUUAAUUAACUGCUAUAAAUUAUUACCCACGUGAUUAACCCCUGUGUAACAACGUUAAGUACGCACGUUGACGUUCACGUCGUUCAUUCAUACAAACAAGGAGAACCGUUCAUUACAUUAAAUUAAUACCGAAACGUAAAGGAAACAAUGGCUGUAAAACAUUUGGUCAUCAUCAUCAUAGUCGGUGUAGCACUGCUUGAACCAGUUGACGGAUGGUUCUUUGCUAAGGAUAUACAAAAACUUGGUGACCGUAUUGAAAAGACAGCGACAAAGGCAUUCAACGGUAUCAAGAGAGCUGGUUGCAGGGCAUUGUACGGCAUCGGUUGUCCUUUUGCAGUAAAAGUGAUUGGUAAAGCUCUACUAUCGAACGAUUCCAGCCAAGAAGAUCGAAUGAUUGCAUUUGGUGUUUCCCUUGGUAAGAAGGCGUGUCAUGUGAAGAAGGACAAGUGUAAAAGGAGUGUUGACAUGACUGAAAUAUUGAUCCCAUUUUCUGACGAGAUGUCGGACUUUGACAUCAAUCUUGAUAAAAUAAUUACAAACGAUGAGUUCAGAUUUGCUGUCCUUACAAGCGUCAACCUCGUAGAGCCCGAUGAACUGAGGGAGCCUUUUAUCUUUGCAGACUUUGAUGGAAAUGGUGUUUUGGACUCUGAUGAAUUCAAAGGCGCCCCAUUCUUAUUUGCACACAAACCAUUUAUCAGAAGAAACGUCAACAAUCUACGACAUAUUUCCUAGUUGGAGAAUUCAAUCAAUAUUUGAUAAAGUGUUUUCUUAACAUCAUCUUUUCUUUACGUUUAAAAGAUUUCUUAAUGUUUUUGUAUUUAUCUCUUACUGCCUUAUUCAUUAAAAAUGGAAUAAAUCUGUAUUCUGAAAACUUAAAAUUCUCAUCGGUAAUGGCUCAAAAGGGAAAGGAUAAUAUUUAUAAUCUAGUGGUCAUUGAUUCGAUCAUCGAUCGAGAGGCGUAGUUUUUCAAUGAUAAUUUAUCUUGGACAUCGAGUCUUAUGUUUAUUCAUCUCUUGCCGCUCACUCUGAAAUAACUUUAGCAUUAGUAGUCGGUUUUUCUCGGAGAAUAUUGUAAUUAUUGGAGUGUUAUCCGGGAUUACUGUUUAGAUGGACCACCCGCCGAGAUAUGACAAAAUGUGUUAAAAUUGGCGUAUAAUCAAUCAAUUAAACAAACAAGCACUCAAUAUUAUAGGCAUAUUCUCAAUUUAAACUCAGCGCUUUGUUGAAACCAUCAUGCAUUAUUUUCUUUUUAUGUUAUGCUCGUUGUUUCUUUAAAUUUUGGUUUUCAGUAUUUAGAAAAUGUAGGCUAUACGAUUGACUGCAAGACUCUUAUUCCUUUUACUUUCCGUGACAAUUUGAUUGACUGCAAAUUUAAGUCACAUGUGCAGCUUGUAUUUAAUAAAAAUCAUGUACAGAAUUUAAUUUUGAACAUCAGUGUAUAAAUUAUAGUCGUAAAAGAAAACAGGAUAAGA